UUUGCUAUACAUAUAGGAAUCGUGAAACGGGCCGCAGCAGAUAUAAAAAGCAAACUAAAGGCAAAUAUUUCAUAUUAUUUUCUAGUCUGUUUCCUUCACGAAUGAUUAGUGUACCGUGCAUAUUUUAAUACAGUCGCGGGUAUAGAGUAUCGACAUAUUGAUUGAUCGAAGUAAGAAGGAAGUGUUUAUGUUCCUGUGGGACGAGUGAUAAAGCAGUUUAUUAUUGCGUAAUGGCGAAUAUAAUUUAAAUCUGGAUUAUAAGUUAUUUAAACCACUGAACAUCAUCCAUAUGUGCAUAUGGACCCAAUGAUAUAUAAUAUAGUUAAGUAUACGUAAGUUUUGUUUCAUAAGGAUAUAUUUCGACAAUAAAACAUUGUUAUCUAGCACUGUAUUACGUGUUUUUUUUGUAUUAUCAUAUUCGUAAAACCGUUCCGGAACGUCGACUCCAUCGCAAUAAUUACUUCAACGAAAGUUUAUAUUGUGACCCACUUAAAGUUUCAAUCGACAAAAUAAAUGUAAAAUGGAUACAGGGAUUAAAGGAAGGGCUCAUGAUCAACGAAAGGCAUUCUACAGGUCCAAGUCUGAAAACCAGGCGGAAGAUGCGUCAAGGACAUGGUCCAUGAAGGGAAAUGCAGGACAUUUACUCCCAAGACCAUGUCCCAGAAGCCUUUCGUCACCUUCUGAUAUUCCGGAACACAUCACUUUCAACGCGAUGGAAAACAUGAAGAACGAUAUAGAGGUACAAAGAAAGGUCGCUGAAGCACUAAUGGAUAAACAAGAUCAAAUCCUUUGCGAAGUUAAGAAAAUAAAAGAAUAUCUACAUUUGUCUGAACCUGAAACGUUGCACAGAACUGUCCGAGCCGAAUGUGAAACAAAUGGUAUUGCCUGUAAUACAAGGGAACCACAUGGUUUAAUGAAUGAAAGCAUAGAGGGAGAACAACUGUACCAAGAUGCAAGUGCACUGACGAAGGGCAAAGUACGAAUUAAUAGGAUAGACAAUCAACUUUAUGGAUGUAUAGGGGAAAUUACAGAAGAUUCAGUACAUCGUAACGGUUCAGUCAGUGAAAAAGAUCAUAGGCUUCAAGCUGGGCGUGAUAAGAAAACAAAGGAAGUCACAAAACCUAAAGAAUUUCGAAGUAAUUCACUUCAAACGAGGGUUAAAACUGUAGCAGUUCAACCAAGACCACGAUCAGCCAUUUACACAAACAAAGCCACUUUCGAUGAGAGAGAAUGUCUAGCAAAUGCUCUGCAAUAUCACGUCGAGGACCUUGUUGAUGGACUUGUUUUUCAUGAGAGUGAACUUCCAGAUGGUCUUUUAGUGGAAGAAUGCUUGACCGAAGACGAGUGUUCAACACUUAGAAAACUCCGUGACAGGAAAGACCAGAUUAGAGUUUUACUGAGUCUAAUUAAAGGUCGAGAUCUUCGUGUUCUCAAUGGAUUUUUGAAACAUAUUGCUCAACAAAACCCGAUGGUUGCACAAAAGAUAAAGCUUAAGUUUGAAAAUAAUAAACGCGACGGCUUACGAGGGAAACUUUGCACUUUGUGCAAUCUAGAAAAACAGUUUAAUGUCAAACAUGUAGCUGACAGUUUAUGGGCAAUUCAAGCGAUAGACGAUGGGCUUUAUAACAAAAUUAUUUAUUCUGAUUCACCUGUCGGGGCACAAAACACAUUGUGGAAGAGAGUUUUUCAUUCUCUAAACGGACUGAACCAAAAACAAGCUGAAGAAGCACAAGACAAACUUAAACAUGCCCUUUCAAAGAAAAAUCUAUUCAUGCAUUUGGCAGAUGGUGUCAAAGAUAUGCUAAUAAAGAAUCAUGGAAAACUUACUUGCGCCUGUGAACCACGAAUAAUUCUGCCAAAGAGAACUCCAUCGUUUGGGGCAAUGACCUCGGCGGAAUCUUUUCUACCCGACUCAAGUUCUGAUGGUGCCUCAAAUGAUUUUUCAAGCUUUGACGGGACCGAAAAUGGUGAUAUGCAGGAAAGGGAUUAUAACGGUACACUUACCGACGGAAUGUCACUGAUCGCUGAAGUAAAUGAAACUCCGACGUCGCCGUCAAACAGUUUCCCAAAUGCAACACACGUCAUUUACGAACGUCAGGAAGAGCACAUUUCCAAAAACGAGUCGAUAUGCGGUGAUAAACAUGUCUGUUCAGAUCAUUCUCAGAUUAAUUCUAGUUCAACACUUCAAAAGAAACCUGUACCGGCCAGAAAACCACCUGUGCCUUUAAAGAAACCAGAAUUGAAACCGAAUUCUCUAAAGAAAUCAACACCUACACAAUUGAAAGACUUAGUGGUAGACACAUCAACUUUAAGGACAAAUAGUCCAGAGGAUAUUACUAAUUUUCCUUCAAAAACAGAGGCUCAAAAUAGUCAGGCGAUAGAGAAUGAAGCAGAUGAAAUUCCACCAUUACCAGAAAAGAAAAACAAACAGGUGAAAAGUUAAUCAUUAUUUUGAGAAUGGUGAUUCAACUUGUUGAGACUUUUUUGUAAGUAACAUGCAUAAACUGUUCAUUUUGCAAAACAAUAAGUGUUCUUAAUGUAACUAACAAAUCACAAAACAUUUGUUUAACGGCAGCUCUCCGUACAAUUUUGUAUGACAGUUUCGCUUUUCGGCUAAUUGAAUACGCAUAUGAGUUCUCGCUAUCAACUAGAGAAUGACAGGGCGAAACAUGAUAAAUGGAUCUAUUAAAAUUUUAAGAUGAACGCCUACAUGUCUAUAUCAGAUUACCAAUAAUGUGGUUUGUUUGGCGUGUGUACCGAAGGAACUGUACUACACUCAAGGACUGUAAAAACGCACCAUCUAUGUAAUUGGAACAUAUUAUCCAGUAAUAGUUUUGUAAUGCCUAUAUUUAUGAAAUAUGCAUAAUAAAAUGAUUUUUCUAUGCAAACCGAAGCGUGACUGCUACACUUGAACAUGUGACAGCGGUCACGCUUCAAUUAUGGUGCAACCCUGUUAAAAUGGCAUUUUCGUGUCUUAUGCAAGGCAGUUCCUGUUUUUAUUUAAUUGUGGACCUAUACUUGACAUUUUGGUAGCAUUUUCAAGGAGAUUUUUUGCAUUUAUAGAAAUGUCACAAACCUUAUUACUCAUGUGUUCAUAACCAUAUUUGAGGUGCCAAGUUGGAAGCUAUUCCAUAGUGUUGACCUGUCAGACAAAAAAUCUCUUAGAAGAUACAUACCCUCUACUUUUCUUGGUGUUUUUUUUUUCGGUGGUUUUAUAGGUCAUUAAAUAAAUUUUAAGAACAUAAGGCUAGUAAUUCUUUUUUCUUCUUCUUAAAAUGGGCCUGGCUAUGUGUUAUAGCUGUCAGAAGAUUGUUAAUUUUAUAUAGAACAUAUAGCCAAUUUAUUUACUACUGUAUAGCCUUAUUGCAAAAGGAACCCCCAUAUUAGGUCAGAUUUAAUAAUAAUAUCAACAACAACAACAAUACAACAAUACUAUUUAUUGCAUAAAACAUAUUUCAAUGCUUAUAGCAAAUACAAUUAGAAAUUACAAAGUAGGCAGAGCCAAAUGUUAUCAAUUUAAAUUACAUCCUUAACAAAUUGGCGAAAUAGAUAAAUUUGGCUAAAUUUCUUAUUAUCAUUCUGGAUUUUUCCAACAUUGUGAAUUUUUGAAUAUUUGGCCACGUAUAAUACUAUAAUACAAUUUUAAUACUUGUUUCUGAGAGUGCUCUGUUUAGGACAUAUGAGAAGACAAUGAUACUCAUAAGAGAAUUUAAAAUUAUUUUAAUACAAGUUGAAAGUCUUAGAAUAAAGUAAUUGCCAUAGAUAGAUAAGGCAUAAUUUUACAGUCCUUCAGUGUAUACUGAUCAAAUCAGCUGACCAGCUAUUCUAAUAUUUGCUUAUUUUUCUGUACAAAUUAGGCACAUAUUUUAGCAAUUCUUUUAAAAGAGGCCAGCACCAAGAAAAUAUUUAUUACAAAAUUUAACAUAUUAUUGGUGUAAUUGGAUCAUCAAUCAAAGUAAUAAAGUAGGAGUUAUCUCUGUUGAUCAUACAUGGUGGCUUUUUGGGCUUAUUUUUAGAGGAAACAUCGAGGAGCCGCUGCGAGCAUUAUUUCAGGCAUAAACGAGCGCCUGGAAAGUACCGUCGGCCUCCGUUGAGUCAGCUUGGUAGCUCCUUAAUUCAUCUAAUAUUGGUUUAGGUGAGCAAGUGAUUAUAGUGUACUAUAUUCUGUAAAUCCCAUAUUCGCAUUCAGUUUUGGAUAAAAUUGUUUUUAUUGUUGCCCUCAUGUAUUAUGUCUUAGUUAUACGAAUGUAUUUGUCUCAUGUUUUUGUAUGUGUACAAGCUGAGAGUUGAAUUAAAUAAAACUUGGAAAAAACUUUGAUUUCUAUAUAUAGUCAUUUUGAAAGCGUUUCAAAAUCCAAAAUAUAUUCCGUAUUUAGAAAAAAAUCUAUAUUUGUUUAAAUGAGUACUUAGCAUUAUGAAAGACCCUUCAGUAUUUACGAUUUGUUUAUUUGGAAUGUGUGUUGUGCAGUAAAAUAUUGAGCUUUUUAAGUGUUUUAGAUGAUAGAAAAGUUAGAUUUCUAUCGAUUAAAAUGUAUAUUCUUAAUAAAAAUUGCAUUAUAUGAACUUCAUGUCUGACUUACCUAAGAUUUUAUACACCGUGUUUACCUUAAACACAACGCCAUUCUUGUUAAUUAUAUCUUAUUAUUUUCUUGAUAAGGUGUGGAGGCCUGUAGUGAAAGCAUUUUAAGUAUUGAUUUAUUAAAGUAGUUCUCAUCCAAAGUUCUUAUGAAUUGAUUUUCCAAAUAGUAUACUAUUAAUUUCAUAUCUGGUUUUAUCGACAGUGCGAAUUUGCUAUUCUUGAAAAAAAUAUUUUUCAAAUGUUGAGCAACUACGUAAAAGAAAAACUGAAAACUGCAUUGUAUUUCCGUUGUUUCUUUCAACAUUCAUAAACAUGCCAUUUUUGUAUAGUCUAUAUUGAUCCUGUAUUGAUCUAAUGAAAUUAACCCUUAGCCUGCUGGCGGCAAGGGAUUCUGCCUUUGCGACCAGUGCAAGAUUUACUGACUUAAGAGCAAACAGUGCAGACCAUGAUCAGCCUGCACUGUUUGCUAUUCAGUCAGUAAAUUUUCAGUGAACACUCCUUCGAAUAGUGAAUGGUAUUGCAUGCCAAAACUGAAUGAUGGACCGUUCCAUUUUAGAAAUUUAGCAGGCUGAAGGGAAGUGAAAGUAAUGACAUAAUUCAUUAAAAUGUGAAUAAGAUAUCCUUAAACUAUUUAUAGUUUAACAAGUUGACCUGUAUUGACCCAAAUGUGCCAACUAAAUGACGUGCUUAAUAAAUUAACUUUAUAGGUAACGCGUAACAUUUAAGAAAUAAUUUAUAGCAAAAGAGUGUUUUAACACUAUUUAUGCACGAUGGGCGGUUAUACGUCGGGCGUAAUAAUUUUUAUACGACGUAUUACUGCCCGAGUGUAUAAACAGUGUUAAAACAUGGUUUUGCUAUAAAUUAUUUCGAUUCUAAUUUGCCCUUAUCUAAAACAUUAGCUAAAAUAUAGAUGCGCUCUUUCUUUGUCGCAACAAAAACUUUGACGUCACCGCACGUUAACGUGACGUCAUUCUAGCGUAAGAGUGUUUUAACAAAGACAAGCAUAUUAGAAUGCAUUAUAAAGUUUUUAUAAUACAUUGUUUAAGUUUGUUUUUCGGACUUGUGUGAUAUUAUACAAAUUUGCUUGAUUUAAAAAAAUCUAUAACACAGGUAGAAUAGUUUCUGUUCAGUAAAGAAGUAGUGCCGACUUUAAUGUAAAAAUCUUUUUUUUUUCUUUGUUUUUCAUUUCUUUAUUUGUAGUUUUUGUCUUUAAUAACCUAGUCUGUCAAUAUAUAAACGCUUUAUCAUUGCGUUACCAAAACAACCUCGGUUUUUUUGCGCAUAAGAUAUUAAAUUACGAAGGAAUAAGAUAAAAUAUUCAAGAUUUAAAUCAAAACGUGAGAUUUAACUGUUCUGCGGAUUUAAUUGUACCAAAUUUAACUGAAAUUUUCAACUUUGGUUAAGUGUCUGACA